AUGCCGGAAACAAAGAUCACCCUGUACACGGACGUAAUCAGUCCCUUUGGCUACCUGGCAUGGAAUAUUCUGAAAAACUCCCCGGUGUUCGCCAACACAAAGAUCGUUCUUGUUCCCGUCUUCCAAGGGGGUGUCAUGCAAAUGAAUGACAAUCGACCGCCAAUGACCAUCAAGAACAAAGGACCAUACCAAGCUUUCGAGCGAGCGUACUUCGCCAAACGCUUCGAUGUCCCCUUCGCCGCAUCCGGGAAAAUGCCUCAACCAUUUCCUCAAAACACUCUCCCAACCAUGCGUUCAGUCUGUGCUCUGAGCCUUGUCAAACCAGAGAAAGUAGAUGACUACAUGACCGCUCUCUGCAAGCGGUUCUGGAUCGACCUGGAACCGGUCUCCAAGCCAGAAGUCUUUGGCAAAGUGCUAGCAGAAGUGUUAGGCAGCGAAGAUGAGGCCAAGAAGGUGCUGGAGAAGAUGGGCGAGGCAGAGGCGAAGGAUCUGUUGAAGUCCAACACGGAUGAGGCGUUCAAGUCGGGGUCGUUUGGAGCGCCGUGGUUUGAGGCGGUGAACGCGAAGGGAGAGAAGCAUGGAUUUUGGGGAAUCAACCAUUUGGGACUGAUGUGUGAGUUUUUGGAGUUGGAUCGAAACAAGGAUGGGGCUUUCAGGUCGUUGUUGUGA